AUGAAACUUUACCACAUUGGUAUCUUGGACAAUAAGCACAAGCCAGCAGUGCAACUGUGUGCAGCUUAUGAGGAUUCCGAUUUCUCACGCUGGGCGCGGAAUGACCUGAAAUCCGGCAUGAAGAUGCUAAGCAAGGUUGUCGCUGAACGCACUAAGCCAGGGCAGAGGAUAAACGUACAAGAAAGAGAUUACAUGGUCCAUUGCUUCGCACGUUCAGAGGGCAUCGCUGCCGUAGCCAUAACCAAGGAUUAUCCUAGUCCCGCUGCCCAGGCUUUCCUCUCCGAGGUCCUCGAUGACUUCCUUGUCCAAAAUGGGGCUGCAACGGACUGUCAUGAAAACAGGGAAGGCACAAUAGACUUCCCACUCGAGCAUUAUCUGCAGAGAUUUCAAGACCCCGAGGAAGACACUAUUGUUACUCUGCAGAAACAGCUUGACGAUACGAAGGGCAUAUUGCACAAGACCAUUGAGAGUAUGCUUGAAAGGGGAACGAAGCUUGAUGAUCUAGUGGCUAAGAGUUCGGAUCUCAGUGCUCAAAGCAAGUUCUUUUACAAAAACGCCAAACGGCAAAACUCUUGCUGUUAA